AUGCAUGUGAAGACCCUCAAGGUCAGGUUGGGAACGGUCAUGCUUCAAGACGUGAAGACUAGAAACCAAACAUCAUCUUCUUUUGACAUAAGCUGCACGACCCAAGUAAGGAUCAAGAACACCAACUUUGGCCCCUACAAAUAUGAGAGCACCAAUGCCAUGUUCACUUACCAGGGCGUGACAGUCGGACAAGUCAGUAUUCCAAAGGGUGAAGCUAGGUUCCAUUCUACUAAAAUAGUUAUUGUGAGUGUGAGUGUGAAUUCAAAUACCUUGACAAUCAUGAGCACAACUUCGACUACUCUCAGAAGUGAAUUGGGUUCGGGGGUGUUGACUCUGAACAGCCAUGCCAAACUCAGAGGGAAAGUGAAAUUGAUGUUUGUGAUGAAGAAGAAGAAGGCUGCCAAAAUGAACUGCACCAUGCCAAUCCAUUUGUCAACAAAGGAUGUCGAAUUGAAUUGUGACUGA